AUGUAUGGAAUUAACGGAUCUGAUUUUCCUCCCGUGACAGAAGACACAUUUUGUAAAUACGUUUUAUAUUAUGAGAUUAAUAAUUCAAGGGUCCGCAUCUGGGAUUUGAUUAUUUUAAUACCAAACGCUUUAUUUGUUCUAUUCUUAGUGGUAAGGUUUAACAAAGCGCAGUUGAAGUUACGUGCUACUAGCAGUCCAAUAUUCUUGACAUUUUAUUCUUUGGUGUGGGGCAAUGUGAUCAUCAGCUUGAUUAGAUGUGCUGUCUCCAUGACUAUUAAUGCGGCUAUGCCAUUUGGUGGUCUGGUUGAUAAGAUAUUAUGGGUUACUGUACGGUUUUUCCUUUUAGCUACAGAAAUGAGUGUUGUUAUAUUUGGAUUAGCAUUUGGACACAUGGACAGUAGAAGUAGCAUCAGAUAUGUAUUAUUAGCAACAUCCUUAAUAUCACUAGCAUUUACCAUAACCCAAGGAACACUUGAGAUUGUUAUGCCAGAUGAUGUGUUUCACAUUGAUACAAGAGACUAUGAUUUAUUUGGACAUGGUGGAAUGCUGUUUUGGUUUACAUCAUCCUUGGUUUUUGCAGUAAUUUACUAUAUUAUUCUCUCAUUGCCUUGGAUACCCCUUAGAGAAUAUUUGGCUCUACCAACUAAGAUCUCAUUUUAUUUAUAUAUACUGCUGCUAGCACUUUUGGAUACCACUCAAGCAGUUGGGGCUGGUCUACUGGCUUGGGGUUCUAUGCAGUCAGGCUUAUGUGUUGUAGAUGUCACAACUUGGAUAUAUUUUUCUCUAUAUACGCCAUUGGUUUACCACACUUUCCUCAGUGAAUUUUUCAGCGUUUCACAGCCUAGCAUUAUGUUCUCCUACAAGGCUCAAAUGGAUGAGCCUAUGGAUGAUGAUCAAGUAUCACUACCACAUCAGCAGAGUUUCAGCUCUCUUAAGACAGAUUCUGAUUACAUUUAUCAGCAGAGUAACAGUGUAUAUGAUAGUACACUAUUUGAGGCUGGUGGCACUACACCAAUGAAUCCAGUGUACAGUGCAUCAUUGCAAAGUCCUGAUUCAAUAGCAUCUGGACAAUCCAUAGAAAUAGGAGCGCCACCAUCUGCUUUUCUAACACAGCAUAUUCCACCAACA